AUGCGUGGUCUCAGAAGUCUUACCUCCCUCGCCGUUCUCGGUUUGGUCAGUGCCCAGGACACCAUCGUCUUCGGUCCUGCGUUCUACCUCGGCCCUACCAAGUCAUGGAUCCGUGAAGCGACUACUACGCUGGUGUUGCCCGAAGCACCAAGCCCUCAGGAGGAUCGCCUUGCACUCUGGCCAGGAAUGGGCACCAGCGGUGGUGAUCUGAUCCAGGCUCUCGCUGUCUCCUUCUCGGACCCUGCAGCAAACUGCGGCGCUAGCUCCGGCCAAUGGUGCACCUGGGCAAGCACUCUUCAAGGAACCCAGCUAGGUGGAAAGCAAGUUCCAGCCUCUGCAGGUGACAAGCUUGUCAUGCAUUACAAGUACAACGAUAGUACCGGCAAAUACGACCAGACAGUGUCCAUCAAUGGCGAAGUCAUCUCGAGCCUCUCGACUAGCUCUGGCCAGGCCCAAGGAUGGGGUACUGCCGUUGAGGCCCAGGACAACGCCUCGAAGAGCAUUGUUGCUGCGCACCAGUACCUUGAUACUACCAUCAUCCUCGAUUCCGCUGACCUUACCUUCCGUGAUACCCUCGGCCUCACCGAUGCUGACUCUACUGGCUUGACGACUUCUGACAAUGGCAAGACCUGGAAGGUGACUACCAUCAACAUUCAUGAGCAUUCUUUCUAA